AUGCUUCACUUGCCAUAUCCAUUUCCGGUCACUACUCGAACAAUGGAGUAUAAACCACUUCCAGAAAACUCUACCACAGAGAAGUCCGAGCCCUCCAAUGCCGUGCAACCACUCGAUAUGAUCGAUAUCGAGAAGAAUGCCGCAAUUUCGUCGUCUGGAUAUGGCACAAUCCCAUUAUAUACAAGCAAAGAAGGCGUGUUGAAAGCUCCACAGAAACAAGAUGGUCGAGGCAUUUGGAUCAGUUUUGUGCAGAGUCUGGUGGCUGUUGGCAUGUUUACUGCUAUGGCGGUGACUCUUGUUCUAGUGAUUUUGUAG